AUGAUCUAUCUAUCUAUUCAUUCUAUCUAUCUAUCUAUCUAUCUAUCUAUCUGUCUGUCUGUCUGUAUGUCUGUCGAUCUAUCAAACGAACUUACGAAAGGGACUUUUAGUACGCUGGAGCGUGUUCCAUCUAUCUAUCUAUCUAUCUAUCUAUCUAUCUAUAUAUAUAUAUAUAUAUAUAUAUAUUUCGGUCUGCUUAAAUCUCAUUCUACUUAUCUCUCUCACUGUCUCUCCCUCUCUCUUUAUCUAUCUAUCUAUCUAUCUAUCUAUCUAUCUAUCUAUCUAUCUAUCUAUCUAUCUAUCUAUCUCAAUCAGUUUAUUAUCUAUCUAUUUACCUAUAUCGGUCUGUUUAUAUAUCGGUCUGUUCUUUAUCUAUCUAUCUAUCUAUCUAUCUAUCUAUCUAUCUAUCUAUCUAUCUAUCUAUCUAUCUAUCUAUCUAUCUAUCUAUCUCUGUUCAUUAUCAAUCUAUUUAUCUCUGUCUCUCUACGUCGGUCUGUUUAUAUCUACGUCUGUUCUUAUCUAUCUAUCUAUCUAUCUAUCUAUCUAUCUAUCUCAGUCUGUUUAUAUCUCAUUCUGAUUAUCUAUCUAUCUAUCUAUCUCAAUCAGUUCAUUAUUUAUCUAUCUAUCUAG